GACCGUCUUUGUUGGUAAUAGCUCAAAUAUUACGUUGAUAAACAUCAAAAUUGCUGGACGGACAAAAACUUGGAGAUUAAAGUGACGAUUAAAUAAUUUGUUUUGUAAAAAGCUUGCAGGAGAUCAGGCUUGUUAGGUCGAUAAAUUUUGGAUUUUUAACUGGGUUCGUGGACAGAGGAUUAAGACAUCAGCUAGCCUAUGAAUCUUUUAAGAGAUAAUACAUGUUUUGUCGGAUUUAAGAGCCCAGCGUGUAACAGGUUCUUAUGAGAUUUUGUGAAUAAAUCUAUAUACUUCAAUUUAAAACUGUUGAUAUGACUUGACUUGUCCAUACGUAGGUGAAUUUCAUAUGUGAAAGUUUUUAAUAAAUGUUUUCAUAGAUAUUGUAACAUGAAUCUUUCAUUUGGAUUAUGGAUUUUAGUGCUUUAUACAUGAAUGGAUAUUAAAAUGGGAAGAAAAAGAUCAGUUGCAGGAAGGAAAAUGGCAGGUUUCGUAAAAAAGUGUCCGUGCCUUCGGCCACAGAUUGAGGAAGAUAUCCGAGAAUUAGAUUAUCGUCACUUUAGUUUAACUGAUGUCCCUGCUGAAGUUUUUAAUGUUGAGCGAACCUUAGAAGAUCUAUAUUUAGAUUCUAAUCAGAUAAGAGAUCUACCAAGGGAACUAUUUUAUUGUCAUGGGAUUAGAAAGUUAAGCAUCAGUGAUAAUGAGAUUACAAAGAUACCUCCUGCCAUUGCCAGUCUCAUCAACCUUGAAGACCUUGACCUUAGUAAAAAUGGGAUUAUUGAUAUGCCAGAGAAUAUCAAAUGUUGUAAAUACCUCAGAUGUGUAGAUGCCAGUGUUAACCCCCUCGGAAAACUGCCAGAGGGAUUUACUCAGCUGCUGAACUUGACCCAACUUUUCCUGAAUGACACUUUCCUGGAUUAUCUCCCUGGAAACUUUGGCAGAUUAUCCAAAUUGAAGAUUUUAGAACUUCGAGAGAAUCAUUUGAAGACAUUACCAAAAUCCUUCUCCAGACUUACAGAGUUAGAAAGACUGGAUGUUGGUCACAACGAAUUCACAGAAUUGCCUGAUGUGCUGGGAAAUUUAACUAAUCUUUUAGAGCUAUGGUGUGACCAUAAUCAGAUAACACAGAUUACACCAACUAUUGGGAAUUUGAAGCAGUUGAUGUUUCUUGAUGCAUCUAAGAAUAAACUUCAAUCCUUGCCUACAGAGAUAGAAGGCUGCACAUCAUUGGCUGACCUACAUCUGACAACCAAUCAGCUACAGUCUCUCCCAGACUCCAUAGGUAAUUUAGAGAAUCUGACGACAUUGAAAGUGGAUGACAAUCGCUUAGUAUCACUCCCCACAACUGUAGGAGGGUUGUCAUCAUUAUCAGAACUAAAUGUCAGUGCCAAUGAGCUAGAAGAUCUACCGGCCAGUUUAGGUUUACUACGUAAUAUUAGAACACUGUAUGCUGAUGAGAACUAUCUCACAUUUGUCCCAUCAGAGCUGGGCAGUUGUAAUGGUAUCACAGUCCUGUCUCUGAGGGGUAACAAAUUAGAAUACAUUCCAGAUGAAAUAGGUCGUAUCCCACGGUUACGAGUUCUGAACCUGAGUGACAACAGAUUAAAAUGUUUACCUUUUACUUUCGUCAAAUUGAAGGAAUUACAAGCACUGUGGUUGUCAGAAAACCAGACACGUCCACUGGUUCCCUUACAAUCAGACCAUGAUCCAGACACGGGCAGGAAGAUACUAACCUGCUACCUCCUUCCUCAAGAGCCAAACACUGAUAAUGGUGGUGACCAUGGUGGAGACACUGAUAGCUUUCAUCCGUCUAUGUGGGAUGAGGAACGUGAAAGACGUCAACAGAUACAUUUUGAAUUCAAUGAUGACGUGGGCGAUCAGGGUAAACUAAUAAGACAUCCAACCCCAUACCCUAAAGAAUUGAGAGAAAAAAAUAGACAUGCUCAAAAUUUUGCCAUGAGGAAAAGGAUGGUGGGAGGCUCAGUAACAUGGAGUGAUGGAGCGGAAAACAAAGCAUUUUCUGAUGGAGAGGUAUCUCCAACAGGAGGAGCUGAUCUCAAUGAUGUACAUGUCAGAGAAGCUAGAAUCUCCAAACCGUCAUCUCCGUCUUUACAUGAGACGCAUAGACUCUAUCGUUAUGAUAAAGAAAAGCUUGCUAAAGAUAAAGCUAGAAUGCACCACAGAGGGAAUUCAGCAGAACAGGAAUUGACACUGGACUUGUCACAAGUUAGAUUAUCUAAAGAGAGAGCAAAGCGGCAUAGUGGGGAGAUAACUCCUGAUUGUAAGCCUCCUCAAAUUCCCAUUAAAGUUCCAGGUAAAGGCAAAAAGAUAAAUGGAUCAGAAGAGGAUGAUGGGGGAUUUUCUGGCCGAGAAAAUUCUCGUCCUAAUUCAGCUUACGGAUCAAAUCCAAAUGUUUCGUCACAAAAUCAGGAUUAUUCAAGGGGCGGUAAACCGCAGCAGUCUCCAGGAUUUGCAUAUGCAUCUCCUAAUGAACUCGCCAAGUCAUUUUCUCAGUAUGGAUAUGCUCCAGUGAGUCAAUCACAAAAUAGAAAACAUCGAAGUCAUCGAGAUUAUGAUUCUGAUACGGGUUAUAGGAGUGAGUCUGGUGUGACGAGAUACAGCAGGCAGCAAAUGUUAGCACAGUAUGGUGGUAAUAGUGAUAUUACAGUGACUCCUUGUAAACCAAGACGUAAAGAUGGAUAUUCUAGUGACGUUGAAGGAUAUUCUCAACGGACACAAAAUACUGCUUACAGGGUGCAACAGCAACCUCUACGUAGUCAGUCUAAAUCAAAUAGUCUUCCUUAUAAUUUAAAUAGCAAUCCUCAAAAUAUGAAUAGAACUAAUCAAGCUGAUAUUGGGCAUAUGAAAACACAGGUAGAAAGUGCUAGUCGGACACUACUUGGUGAUAAUAGUGUAAGUCGGACUCCUCAUGGUGAAAAUGUGAAUCAAUCUUUACAUGGAGAAAUUCUAAAUCGGUCUUCACGUCCAGAAAAUGUGAAUCAGUCUCCUUAUGGAGAAAAUUUCAAUCGGACACCUCAAGGUGAAAAUGUGAAUAGGACUCCACAAAUGUCUCAUAAUCGACGUGUAGUUGUACGGAAUGAUGAUCUGUAUUCACAACAGUUGCAACACAAUAGUCAAAAAGCUGUUGAAAAUAAAAAUUUAUCAACUCUAUCCUAUCAGCCACCUUCACCAAGUCAAUUUCAUCACAGUAAAAUUAUAGACCAAAGUACCCCUGUCUCAUCUGACCCUCCAUCAGGAUUCACAUUUAAUACCUCAAGGUCAAGGUCAAAUAGUGCUAGUGGUAGUAAUAAUGAUGAUAAUGAAGUUAGAAAUUCUGAUUGGAGGAAAGAUAUGUAUAAUGAUAAUUUGCCAUCUCAGAAUUAUCAGAGAAGGACACAACAGAAUAGUUCUCCGACAGAUAGACCACCACCCUACAAACCUGCCCCACCCUAUUUGCAGGGGGCGGGGGCAGGGGCAGUGAGGAAGUUACCUCCUACACCAAGUAGGACUUCUCCGUAUGGUGUAUAUAAUUAUGACAAAAGGACUAGUAACUCACCGAUCAUGUAUCAACGAAUCAAUGAAGUCCCAAAUACUGAAAACUGUGAUAAACAUAAUGAACAUCGGACACAAGGUUACCAUGGUAACCAACAUCAAUCAAAUUAUCGUCAAAAUGACAUUUCUUAUGGAGAUAAUGUGUAUAGUGCUAGUUAUAUCACAAGUGAAAAUUUACGGACUCCAGAAAUGUCAAAACGAAGUAUGACUCCAUUAUCUCAGACCAACCCUGAGAGGUCAAGGACACCAGGGUCUGUUGUAGGUGAUGAGAGAAGAAAUUCUAGGGACUCUCCAAGAGAAUCAGGUUAUGGUAGCCGUGAACAAAGUAGUCAUCGAAAUUCACCAAAUGAUAGCAAUCAUUCUCAUAAACAUUAUUAUGACCCCUAUAAUUCAGGGUCAUCUUUUGAACCUGGUGAUAGUCGUAAUCCUAUGAUGUCAACAUAUGAUGAUGUUGAGAUGUACAAGUCUGAUGAUCCUCUCUCUCAGGUGUCACAAGUCUCUAGUUCUACUGAUAGUGGCUAUCAUCAGUUUCAUACAGAUCAAACUGAUUCUCCGUCUAAAUACUCAGGGUUUGGCAUGCCACCCCCAUCUAGAGCACCUCCAGAUCCAUCCUCAUACACUUAUUCAACUCCCAACGCAAAAGAUUUCCCAUCAAGGGAGGCAACACCUGAUCAUUCAUCAACUUCAUCAUCAUCUGUACCAGUGUAUACACAGAAUUCAAAGAAAUAUGAUAAGUUCCAUGUAGCAAUAACAAAGAAUCCAGGGUUAGGUUUUAGUAUAGCAGGUGGCAUCGGUUCCCAAGGGAACCCUUACAGACCAGACGACAAUGGUAUAUUUAUAACCAAAGUCUCGUCAGAUGGUCCUGCCACCUUGUCACUGAGACCAGGAGAUAAAGUAUUAGAGCAUGGGGAACAGUACCCACAUUUUGAUACUCAUUUCUUUUACCCUAUCACUGAGGACGAGAGUGAAUGGGCAAGAUUUUAACAAUGUUAAUCAUGAAGAUGCUGUGAACGUGAUGAAGAACAGUAAAACUGUCUCACUUUACGUGGAAAGAGAGUUUCUAUGACAACCGUUACCAAGAGAGUGUUUUAACAACCAUUCCGAAGAGAGUUUUUGGGAUUAUAGACUCAGUCAUUGAAGACAGAGAGUUUCCUAAAGGACAGUAUUUGUACUAUACAAGGAGAGAGUUAUUAUGAAGAAAACACCAUUCUUAGUAUUUUUAGACUAGAGAAAGCAGUCGGUCAGUGUUGUUAAAUCAACAGUAUUAAGACUGAAGUUGAAGUGUUUCAGAGAUUGACAAAAGAUGCUAUCAGAUCACCUGUGGUGACAGGGCAAGGAACUAUAUGGCCAGUCUAGGAACUAGAGUUUUUUAUAGGGUGUAGUAAUAGGUCGAAUAGAUCUUGUUUUAACACUUACAGUUGGCAGCAUAAUUAUAUUUUCUUUGUCUACCAAUCUUAUUAUUCGAUUUUUACAGUUGUUUUGUUGAUCACUCAUAACAAAAAUAUAUUUUAUGAUAUCAGAUGGUAUAAUGUAGGUUUAUAUAGGUGGAUGUUUUUUUGUUAUGUCAAGUUUUAAGGAAUUUAUUCCAUAGAAUAAAAUUUAAAGAAUGAAAAUUUUCUUAAUUAUUUGAAAAUUGGUUUAUUUUAUCAAAUAAAAGUGAAGAAAAACUCUUACUUAUUAAUAAAUGAACAAAGGGAAAUUUUAUUUACUUCAAUAAAUAAAAGAUACUAGUUGCUAAUAAAUAAUUAGUUCAGUGGAAUUUUAUGAAUCAAAAUUCUUUGGGAAUAAGGAGGAUUACAAUCUUAUUUUUACUAUUUUAACAGGUUCAGAAAAACAAGCAACACACUUAGUUCACCGCUGCAAUUUGCUUUUUCUUGAUGCACAAGAAAAAGGAAAAUUAGAAAAAAAAUCCUGUGCUAUUUUUUAUACUUUACCUAAAAAUAAAUUCAACAACAAAACUAUAAUGAUCGGACAUUUUUGAUACUAGUUGAACUUAGGAAUGAUGUUUUUUAUUUUCUCUGUGCAUUAAACUAUUGAAUCUCUGCUAAUAUGAGGCCGUCCAAAAUACAAAUAGGUUGUUUUAAAAGAUGUUAUGAUUGUGGUAUAUUAUGCAUAAUAUAUUUUUGUAAAAUUUUAUUGUUGUGGUUUCUUUUUAUCAGAGUAAGAGUAGAAUUGUUUGGCAAAUUUUGUAAAAUUUGAAUUUUACAAUAUUAUACAUUUGAACUAUAGAAACUAAUAAUUCAUUAUUUUGGUCUCUUCAACAAGCCUUUUGUUAGCCAAUAUAAUUCAGUGUUUUCAUAAUCUAGUGUAUAUGGGUAAUAUUUUCAAAGAGUAUACCAAAACAUUGUGAUUUGUCAAAAAUGUCUGAAACUAUGAAUUAAAAAAAAAAAUGGCAAAAGUUUUUCUUUUUGUGUUCUGGCAUAUGUAAGGUUAUUGUACCUUUAAUCUUUUAGCAUCUGAAUUAAAUGAAUUCUUUUUAAUAACUAAAUAUUUAAUUUCACAAAAACAAAUUAUGAAAUUUCUUCUCAGAAAAACAUUCAUAUUUCAUAAAGCUCAUUUGUAAUUAUGCCCCAUUUAUGGGCAUAAUGUUUUUCGGUCUGUACGUCUGUUUGUGCGUCCGUCCGUCCAUUCAUCUGUUCAUCAGUCUGUCUCUAUUCAGGUUAAAGUUUUUGGUCAAGGAAGUUUUUAAUGAAGUUGAAGUCCAAUCAACUUGAAACUUAGUACACAUGUUCCCUUUGAUAUGAUCUUUCCAAUUUUAAUGCCAAAUUAUAGUUUUGAUCUAAUUUCACAGUCCACUGAACAUAGAAAAUGAUUGUACGAGUGGGGCAUCCGUGUACUAUGGACACAUUCUUGUUUUAAACAUGUUUCCAUACAACUUUAUUUAUCAUUAUGACCAUGGUGGCAUAAAACAAAUUUUAUAUUUUCUGAAACAAAUUUAUGGUAAUUAUUUAUUUAUUAAAUGACAAUGGCUACAUUUACAUCAUAUUCAGGAUGUUUGCCGCGUAGUUUUUCAACUUUUCCUUGUUAUUUUGUACUUUCUCUCUGGCUUGUUCAUAGGUCAGGAUAUGCAGGUUUAAUGCAUAUCCUAUAAACUUACUUGGUAAAUAACCCAAAUAUUUCUCAGUAUGUUAAGAAAAUUACAUCUCAAAUACUAAAAUAUUAUUUCAUAUCAUGUAUAUUUGUUCAUGCACUUUAAACUUCAUUUAUUUCCAUAUACUUUAUAGGAAAAAUCCUGAGAAGUAUUUUAAUGUAUUUUUCAUGUUCUUUUGAAAAAAACAUUAUUUAUAAUUAACUAAUGAUCUGCAGCAAUAAACUUUAAAGUUGAUUUCAAUUUUCAAAAAGAUAUAUUUUAAAAAUUAGUUGUGAAAAUGUUUUUAUAUAUUUACAUAUUUUUAAUCCAGCUUUCAUAAACUAUUGUACAGGUAUACAUUCCAGUUGAUUUGAUAGUGAGACUGCUGUAUUUUUAUGCAUUUAAUUCAUUUUCUACUUGCCAAUCUACCUGAUUAAUAAAAUAUAUGCAUUUUAAUGUCAUAAAUAAUUUGUAUUUAUACAUUUUCAAUUUUAUAGGGAUUUGAAAUCUUUAACAUUAUCUUUUCUUUUGAUCUUUGUUGUUUUUAUCUAUUUUGCGUUGAAAUUUUGUGAAAUUGCUGGCAAUAAUUUUAAGACCAAACGUUUUAUCUUCUUACAAUUUUUAUGUGAAUUUAUAAUCUACCAAAAAAGUUACAAUGAAAUCCUAACUUUAUAGUAGUUUUUUUAAAUUAUUUAAUUUUUUUUAUUACAGUGUGUUUUGUUUUUUUAUAUGCUAAUUUAUAUAUCAUUCCCAAAAAAUUGUUAGGAAAAUGGAUUGAAUUUUAACUUCCAAGUUUCUAUUAAAUUGAUAGAAAUGAAGAAGCUGCCCAUUUUAAAUCAGUGAUUUUUAUCGGCUUUGCAUGAUAGACGGUUCAGUUUAUUUCCUUUUUUAAUGAAAUAUAUAUUUAGUUAAUGUAUAUGUUAAUGGGAAUUUUUUUCCAAAUUCAUUUUUUAAUACCCUCAAAGUUUUUAAAAAUACAUUUUGUUCAGUUUUCUAAUGUAUUAUAAAUUUGAAAAACAGAAUAGUUAUCCUCUGCAUGUGUUUAUAAAUUUUUUUUUUAAAUUUCUAACAUCAAAUUAAGAACGUUCUCCAAAAAAAAUGUUGUCUUCAUUUUAAUCCAUGUUUUUGUUUUGCUAAUUUAAUUAUUUUGUUUUGUAACUAAUUUAUUGUUGUAAAAAAUAUUGUUAAAAAUUUUGCAUUUGUCAUUCAUUUGUAAAUCCAUUAUUUCAUUGAUCAAAAUACGGCAAAUGAAAUUGUUAUGUAAAUUGAGAAUAAAAAACUUGAAGACAUA